AUGCAGAGCGUCUUCUCCAUCUUGACAAACGAUGCCCCUCCCGUUCUCUUUGCCAACGCCACCGCAGGGCAAGGAACAUCGGAAAGAGUGUAUGGCCUGGUUCAGUCUAGGGGCGACGUUGGUGAAGACAACUGCCGGAAGUGCAUCCAGAAUUCGACCCUACAGGUCGUCAAAUACUGCCCCAACACAAGAGAUGCCAUCAUAUGGUAUGAAAAAUGUCAGCUUCGCUACUCCAACACCGACCUCUUUGGCCAACUAAACACAGAUGAUUCUGGCGAUUGGCACUGGACCUACGGUAAAGUGGAAGACCCUAAAGCCUUCUACGAGAAGUUGGGCACUCUAUAG